AUGUAUCAAGAGAAACAAGAUCAUAUAAAAAUGGCUUCAAUUUCUGCAUCAAUAUCCCAUAAAGUGCUUAUUCUCCCGCAUAUAAUAAAGCAUAUUCCAAAGAGGCCUGUACUAGCCGAAGAGCUCGAAAUCUAUGCUUUUGAUCUUGAUCAUACGUUGAUCCAACCUAAAUCAGGUGGACGAUUCAGCCGUACUGCGGAUGACUGGUGCUUUAUGUGUUACUCUGAUGGUGAGAACAAACCUGAAAGUACACAAAAUGCAUUUAGUACACGAAAUACCUUGGAUAAGCUCUGCAAUCUUAUCAAAGAUAACCCAAAAGCGCAGAUUGUUGUAUUCUCAAACCAAGGUGGGGUUAUCACAGUUCCACCAACUUCAAAGAGCUGUUUGAGGUACACUGGUAAAAUUGAUCAAAUUCUGAAAGAAAUAUCCUUAAGGGAUACGCCAACUGUAAAUAUAUCGAAUAGGGUGUGGAUAUAUGCGUCACCCAAGAAGCCAAGCUCUCUUUUUAGCAAGAAAUCUUCAAAUCGAGGACGAGUCGCGAAAUUGCGUACAUCGAAAGAUACCCUAAGCAGUGCCCCCAUUAGCCCUGAGGUAUUCGAUCACAUGAGAAAACCUAACGUUGGCAUGUACGAAGAGUUCCGUAAAGACUUCCAGCAGAGCGUAUCAUUCAAAUGUUAUUGCGGAGACGCUGCAGGCCGCAAAAAGGAUUUCAGUGACUCAGAUAAAGUGUUUGCCCGUAAUCUGGGGGUAGAAUUCGUGUUACCUGAGCUAUUCUUCAAGUUGAAUUCUCAGCUGUAG